UCAGCAGACACAACAUGAGGCUGUUCAUCCUCCUGCUGCUCGCUCUGAUCUCUGAGGCCGCAGACGAGUCCUGUUUGGGCCGUUGUGAGAAUGGUUUCGACUCUCAGAGGACGUGUCAGUGCGACUCCAUGUGUAAAUAUUACAAUAGCUGCUGCUCGGACUACGAGGCCGUCUGUGGGAGGACGACUCGUGGAGACAUGUUUGUGUUGGCGGAAGAUGAUGACGACUUGUCUGAAGGCGCCACUCCAUCUGGACCUUCAGGGGUCACGCCCUCGCAGCCUCCUGUCCCAGACUUCAACCGCAGACUGGAUCCACCUCCAGAAACCAUCCUGCACAUGACCAAACCCCCACAGCUAUCGAAUGCCAGAGUCACACCUGCUUCACGCACUGAUCCACCCAAAACUGAACCCUCUGCUGCAAAGGAACCUCUUCAAACUCCUGUAACAGCUGAGACCACCACAGUUCCCAUCACGCCAGCCCCGGACCCAGACGCUGAGGUCUGCAGCGGCAGACCUUUUGACUCCUUCACACAGCUGAAAAACGGCUCCACCUACGCCUUCAGAGGGGAGUACUUCUUUGAGCUGGACCAGAAUGCAGUGCUUCCUGGUUAUCCAAAGCUCAUAAAGGACGUGUGGGGCAUCGUGGGGCCCAUCGAUGCUGCGUUCACUCGCAUCAACUGCCAGGGGAAGACUUAUGUCUUUCAGGGAGACAAGUACUGGAGGUUCAACAACGGCGUGCUGGACGAUGACUAUCCUCGAGAAAUCAGUGUUGGUUUUGAGAAGAUUCCCGAUCACGUGGAUGCAGCGUUCGCUCUGCCGGCUCACAAUCACCACGGAAAAGAGAAGGUGUACUUUUUCAAAGGUGACCAGUAUUAUGUCUACGAGUUUUUGCACCAGCCUUCCCAUGAGGAGUGUUCCACCAUGUCUGAGAGGUCUCCAUCUACACAGUUCAGGCGCUACACGGAUCUAUACUACAGCAACUAUGAGCGCUUCUUCACCGAGCUCUUCUCUGACUUGCCGCAGCAUCGAGACAAACACCACUUCAUAAACAGAGACUGGAAAGGCCUUGAGGCUCCGGUGGAUGCCACCAUGGCUGGUAGAAUCUACAUCGCUCCCUGGAGGUCAGGGAGGUGGUCUGAUUACCAGCCUGACCAACAGUGGGGCCAACAGAUCGGACGGCAGAGGGGUCAGAGGAGGUGGAACCGGUCGCCCUCCUGGGCUGAGCAGGGGAUGAACAUGGGUCAAGGGUUUGCUGAGAGAGGGAUGGAGAUGGGCCUGAGACUGGCAGAGAGGAGGAUUGAAAUGGAGGAGAGGCUCGGUCGAGACUGGGACAGACGCUGGGACCAGGACUGGGACCAGGACAGACGCCGGGACCAGGACAGACGCCGGGACCAGGACUGGGACCAAAGCAGGCGCUGGGAUCGCUACAACCAGAACAACAGAGGCAACUAUGACUCCAGAAAUGACCGGUUCUUCCAAAGGCACAUGCCAAUACAGAGUGUUUACUUCUUCAAAGGAGAUAAAUACUACAGAGUGGACCUGAGGACAAAGAGAGUGGAUCCUGCUGUGCCCCCGUACCCCAGAUCCAUCGCCAAGUACUGGCUCGGCUGCUCAAACACAGCCGGAGCAGAGAAGAAUGCCUCGAAGAGGAAGCACAUGGUAAAUCCUGGGUGGUGGUACUGACCGGUGACUCGAGGCAGACCAGAGGACCAGUCAGAGAUGCAGGGGAGGGCAGCACCGAUGUUCGCCAGGACGCUGUAGACGUGAUACUUCAUCCGAACAGACAAACUGCUAUCAGCCACAUUCCCACUGUUGCAAAGAAUAAAUAACUUUACUUGUAGUAAUAACAAUAAAAUUUACAUAUAA